AUGCCUGAGAUUGUGCGCACGCGCAAGUCGCGCUACCGCGACGACGACUACUCCGACGACGAGCGCUCCUACAAAACAACCGUGCAUCGCUAUCGCGUCGCACGCUCUCCCUCCCCGCAAUCCGACUACGAGCGCCCGCGCAUCGAAGUCACCCACGACACGCGCGUCGAGCGCUUUGAGCGCGAUCGCGAUUCCAACUACGGGCGGGACGAGCCGGCGCGUAGCCGGACACUGGUGUAUGAACGGGAGCGGGAACGCGAACAGCCCCUCCGACCGUGGGAGCGCGAACAGACCUGGGAGAGAGAGGAGGACGUGCGCGUCAUUGAGCGCAGCGGCGGGCCGGGCUACGACCUCGUCACCCGCGAGACUGAGUACUAUGGACGACCCGAUGUGGCGGCUCCACUGGUGAUUAGACACAAGCAGCCCGAGCCACAGCGCAUCAUUGUUGAGGCUCCUCCCGCACCACAGCCAGUCGUGAUCCACCGCGACCGUGAGCGCGAACCGCGCAGAGAAGAAGACGUCUACUACCGCCGACACGAGGUCCGUGACACCGGCCAUCCAGAGGAAGACUACGUCUCCGAGCGCAAAGUGAUUCGCCGCCGCGGCUCCGGCAGCUCCGGCGAGUGGAGCAACGAAGAGAAAGUCGUACGCCGCACCACUCGCCGUUCCCGCUCCCGUUCCCACAGCCCGCACCAUAAACUGCACCUCGCCGAAGGUGCCGCUGCUGGCGCCGCAGCUGCAGCACUCAUCUCGCGCCGGCGCUCCAAAUCCGGCGUCCGCCAGAACAAAGCCGCCAACCUCGCUUCCGGCGCCGCUCUCGGCGCAAUCGGUGCCCAGCUCGCCACUCGCGCACACAGCCACUACGGACACCGUCGGCGGUCACGCUCACACUCCCGCCAUCGCCGCUCGCCCAGCCCAGAGCACUCGAAACUUAAAAUGGGCCUCGGUGCCGCCGCACUAAGCGUCGCCGCCCUCGCAGCAGGGAAAUACUUCAAAGACCGCCACGACACCAAGCGCGCAGAGGAAGGCCGCGGUCGCAGCCGCACGCGCAGCCCCAGCCGAGCAGGCCGCGCCUCAAGCGAGGGGCGACACUCCGAUCCGAAGAAGCGGCGACAGAGCAUUGCGAAGGCCGGCGCGGCGGGUGCAGCAGCGCUAGCGAUCGCGCAGGCUGUGCGGGCGCGCUCUAAAUCCCGCAAGGGCGAGCGCACGAGGAGUAAAUCCCGGAUCCGGACGGGAGCGGAGCUCGCGGCUGCGGGACUGGCGACAGCAGCUGCCGCGGGGUUGUAUGAGCGGCGCAAGGCGAAGCAGGAGGGCGAGAGGGGCGUAUCGAGGAGUCUGAGCCGUAGUAAGAGUCGUAGUCGCAGCCGCGGCGGGAGGAGGAGGCUUGAUGAUGAUUAUGAGCGUCCCGGGUUGGUGGAGUACGGCGCGCAGCCGCUACACAGCCGCGGGUUAGAGAGAGGGUAUGCGGAUCAACGUUUCCUUACUGGUCAUCGUGAAGAACAUCCUAGUUCUGUUCUUGGGAUUACCGCGCCCGUGCCAAGGGUGCGGGGGACGGAUUUCGGGAGAAGAUCUGAGUUUGAUGAUGCUAAUACCCGUAGCAGGGGUUUGAGUCGAAGCCCGAGCCGAAGCAGGAGCCGAAGCAGGAGUAGGAGUCGCGCGAGGGAUGUGCUCGGUGGGGCGGCGGCGGCGACGGCCGCGGCGGUGGGGGUGAGGAAGUAUAAGGCGAGGAGGAAGAGGAGGGAGGAGGAGGCUGCGAGGGAGAGACAUUACUCCUCAGACUCCUACCCCUCCUCCCGCCGCUCAGCCGACUACUCCCCCUCCCCCCCCCACGCCUCCGGCGGCGCCUACUACCCCAACCACUCCACCCAACCGCCCUCCCACCCCUACCCCACCACCCCAGACCCACACCCCUACCCCGACGCAAACCACUACGGCGCGCACCCCGAUCCCAACGCUCCCACCGCGUUUCCACCACCCCCUGUCCCGCCAUCGGGUGCGUACCAUGCCCCGCCGAAUGGGGGGUAUGAGGCGCAUUCUACGCAUUCGGGACCAGCGCCGGGGGGAUCAGCGGGGCCGGGUCAUGUUAAUCCGGAUUAUUAUGGGGAGACGGCGGGGGAUGCGGGGGAGAGGGUUGAGAGGGUUUAGUGGUUGGUGAGAUGAGAUGAAAUACGUUUAAGGGGUUGUAUCGGGCGUUCUUGUUUUUUUUGGUUGGUCGGGGCGGGGGGGUGUCAUGUGAUGGGGUUUUCGUAUUUAUUUAUGGGAGGUUUUUCUGAUUUUGUUUUUGUAUUGUUUUUGGCUUUAGUACUGCGAUUUCGUUUUGUGUAAUGGUGGGAGUGGUUGGAAGAUGGGGAGGGGGGAAGAAACGGACUUAUGAUGAGAUGAUGAUGAUUAUAUGGAUAUGCAUAAUAGAUAUAUUAUUCCGCAUGCAUAUGAGUGAUAUCAGUGCGUACACAUCCAUCCAAAUCUGAAACCACCCUCUUCUCCGACCAGGCCAUCCAGACAGACUAACCAACUCCCAACGCGCGCCAAAAGAAAAAGAUAAAGAUGAGCACUGGUGAGCGUAGGUAAAUGUAUCUAAACGCAAUGUUCGCCUCUAUCGUGCAAAAUCAGUAACAG